CCACGUGGAACACCUGCGGGAGAGCAGGGGCGGGGUCACCCUGGGCGGCGGGUCGGAGCGGGGGCUGCCCCAGGAGAUGGGGGCCGAGGAGAGUCCCCAGGGAGGACAGACAGAGCGAGGCUCCCUCCCCCCAUCCCAGACCUGCCCCCCCAAAGGCAAGCCAUCAGGAGCCUGCAUUGAAGCCCUGGCUCUGAAGCUACUUGGCUUUGUUCUCUGAGACCCAUUAGUCACCUCCCUGGAUCACAGGUUAUAAUAUAACUUAUCCUCUCAUGCUUUUUCCCUGCCCCUUCUCCCCAAAUCAUCAACAGUAGAAAAAGAAGAAGAAAACAUGUCAGGACACAAAUGCAGUUACCCCUGGGACUUACAGGAUCGAUAUACUCAAGAUAAGUCAGUAGUAAAUAAGAUGCAGCAGAAGUAUUGGGAAACGAAGCAGGCCUUUAUUAAAGCCACAGGGAAGAAGGAAGAUGAGCAUGUUGUUGCCUCUGAUGCGGACCUAGAUGCCAAGCUGGAGCUGUUUCACUCAAUUCAGAGAACCUGUUUGGACUUGUCUAAAGCAAUUGUACUCUAUCAAAAGAGAAUAUGUUUCUUGUCUCAAGAAGAAAACGAACUGGGAAAAUUUCUCCGAUCCCAAGGCUUCCAAGAUAAAACCAGAGCAGGAAAGAUGAUGCAAGCCACAGGAAAGGCUCUCUGCUUUUCUUCCCAGCAAAGGUUGGCCUUGAGAAAUCCUUUGUGUCGAUUUCACCAAGAAGUGGAGACUUUUCGGCACCGGGCCAUCUCAGACACCUGGCUGACAGUGAAUCGCAUGGAGCAGUGCCGGACAGAAUACAGAGGGGCAUUAUUAUGGAUGAAAGAUGUAUCACAGGAGCUUGAUCCAGACCUCUACAAGCAAAUGGAGAAGUUCAGGAAGGUACAAACCCAAGUACGCCUUGCCAAAAAAAGCUUUGACAAAUUGAAGAUGGAUGUGUGUCAAAAAGUGGAUCUUCUUGGAGCAAGCCGAUGCAAUCUGUUGUCUCAUAUGCUAGCAACAUACCAGACCACUCUGCUUCAUUUUUGGGAGAAAACUUCUCACACUAUGGCAGCCAUCCACGAGAGCUUCAAAGGUUACCAACCAUAUGAAUUCACUACACUAAAGAGCUUACAAGACCCUAUGAAAAAACUGAUUGAGAAAGAAGAAAGGAAGAAGAUCACCCAGCAGGAAAGUGCAGAGGCCACCAUGGAGGAGCCGAGUCAGUUAAUUUCAUUAGAGGAUGAAAACCAGCACAAGGAAUCUUCUAGUUUUAAGACUGAAGAUGGAAAAAGCGUUUUAUCUGCCUUAGACAAAAGCUCUACACAUAAUGCAUGCUCAGAUGAACUAUUAGACAUGAAACCUGAGGAAGGUGCCUGCCUGGGCCCAAUGGCAGGGACCUCAGAACCUGAAGGUGCUGACAAAGAUGACCUGCUGCUGUUGAGUGAGAUCUUCAAUGCUUCCUCCCUGGACGAGGGUGAGUUCAGCAAGGAAUGGGCUGCUGUGUUUGGAGACGGCCGACUGAAGGAGCCAGUGCCCGCUGUGGCCCCAGGAGAGCCAGACCCCAGGCCCCAGGCAGGCUCAGGAUUCCUUCCUUCACAGCUUUUAGACCAAAACAUGAAAGACUUACAGGCCUCACUACAAGGCUGCUCAGAGAGCAAUGUCAAUCCUCCUCCUACUCCAUGGCCAGCACCACAGGCAAGCAGUCCAAAUGACAACAGCCCUACAAUGAAAGAGCCUGCCAAGGCUGCCUCGGAUCUGACUGCCUGGUUUAGCCUCUUUGCUGACCUCGACCCAUUAUCAAAUCCUGACGCUGUUGGGAAAACCGAUAAAGAACAUGAAUUGCUCAAUGCAUGAAUCUGCAGCCUCACGGAGGGAGCCCACAUGCCGCUCCUCAGCCACACACCUGGGGGCACGCAGAUGUAUGAAGUGAUCAGUAUGCUGUUUUAAUUACGUGCCAUUUUAAUAAAAUGAAAGGGUCAAAGGCCCUGUUUAUAUUGGUAUAA